AUGGUAAUCCGUUGCAAAAAGUGUCCGUUCAAAGCGCCAGCGAAGAUUUACCACGACUCAGUUUUGAACUGGUCGGAGGUGAUCAUCAACUACCCUAGCAAUUACUUCAAGAAGAAGGACGAUGAUAAUCUGGGCCAGGAGACGACGCACUUAUGCUCCAAGUGCGGGCACAUGUUCGCUUGGCUCAAGACGAUGCAAUUACGAAGCGCUGACGAAGGUCAAACAUGUUUCUAUCGCUGUCAAAAGUGCCACCACACGGACAAGGAGGACGAAAUGGACAGUGACAGUGAUGAUCAACUUCUCGAAAGCGAUCGUUUUUCGGACCUGGCGAUCGAGAUGUCUUUCUCGAAUACGUCACGGAAUCAUCCUCAGCCCCGAGCAAAGUACAGAAAUUAUCACUCGAUAGACUGGCUGAGAGAGCUUUCUAAGGAUAAAGCAAGGCAUCAGAGGAUCAACCGAGCAGCAGGCUCCCGCUCGUCUCCAGCAAAAGACAAAAUCAACAAAAUCGUUGAUGCAGCGAGUGGCUGGAUCGUCGUUUUGCUCAUUGGUGUGGCCUCGGGAUUGUGCGCCGGUGUCGUUGAUGUAACGACGAAGUGGCUUGCCGAUUUCAAGCGAGGAAUCUGCACUGGAUAUUUUUGGUUGAACCAAGAACAAUGCUGCUGGACCUCGUAUUCGACCGAAAACUGCACGGAGUGGAAACGAUGGGGCGAAGUGUUCGGUGCUUCUUCUCAGACUUCUCUCUUCACAGCGGACUACUUUAUGUACAUCCUAUUCGCUGUAACUAUGGGCGCCAUUUGCGGACUUGUCGUCAAGUAUUUCUCCCCGUACGCCACUGGAAGUGGUAUUCCAGAAGUGAAGACGAUUCUGUCGGGUUUUGUGAUCCACGGUUACUUGGGAAUUUGCACUCUUCUUGGGAAAAUGUUUGCACUUCCACUCGCAGUCGGUGCCGGCCUCUCCCUCGGAAAAGAAGGCCCUCUUGUGCAUGUGGCAUCUUGCUGCGGCAACGCUAUCUCGAGACUCUUCCCAAAAUACAAAUACAAUCAGGCCAAAAGAAGAGAAAUGCUUUCUGCAGCCGCCGCUGCCGGUGUAUCCGUCGCUUUUGGAGCUCCCAUCGGUGGCGUUCUCUUUUCCCUAGAAGAAGUGUCUUACUAUUUUCCACUCAAGACACUUUAUCGUUCAUUCUUAUCAGCAAUGACUGCUGCUUUUGUGUUGCGCUCUAUCAAUCCCUUUGGUAACGAGCAUCUCGUUAUGUUCUACAGUCACUACGACGAACCCUGGUACUGGUUCGAACUCAUCGGCUUUAUUGUUGUUGGCAUUCUUGGUGGACUCUAUGGCGCGUUCUUCAAUAAAAUGAACAUUAUUUACUGUAAAUUUCGAAGAAGCUCCAAACUAUCUGACUGGCCUUACCUCGAAGUCGUUGUUACUUGUGUUGCGACGGCUAUUCUUUGCUUUCCAAAUUACUACACCCAAAUGGCUCAAUCAGACCUCAUCGCGAUGCUCUUCAAAACUUGCAAUUACGAGCGAUGGGAUGAAGACAUCUGCCACUAUACGCUCAAUUCCAACGACUCAAAACACAUUUCUGCUGAUGACAUGAUAAUCGGAGGACUAAGCCCUGAAAUUAAACGAUCAAUCACUGGCCUCAUUCUUGCAAUGCUACUUUACAUCGCGCUUACAAUCGUUACUUUCGGAAUCAAAGUCCCGUCCGGUCUUUUUAUCCCUUCAAUGACUGUUGGUGCCAUCUUCGGUCGACUUGUAGGUCUGGGAAUUCAGCAAUUUGUUCUCAACUUCAAUCACUGGUCUAUUUUCUCAAGCUACUGCGGGGAAGGACAAGUUUGUGUCAAUCCGGGCUUGUAUGCGAUGGUUGGCGCUGCGAGUACUUUAUCUGGUGUUACUCGAAUGACCGUUUCGCUCGUUGUUAUCAUGUACGAACUAACUGGCGGCCUUUUCUACAUUGUACCACUGAUGGUUGCAACGAUGACUGCAAAGUGGAUCGGCGACGCUUUUGGCCAUGAAGGCAUCUACGAUUUACACAUCAAACUCAACAAUUACCCAUUUCUCGAUAGUAAGACGGAUUAUAACUAUAGUAAUCUCGCAUGUGAUGUUAUGCGUCCUCGGCCAGAAGAUCACAGCGAGCGGAAACUCCAAGUCAUCACUGCUGAAGGUCAAACACUUGCCGAGAUUGAAGAGAUGAUCAAAAACGCACCAUACCAUGGAUUUCCAGUCGUUCUAUCGCGAUCAUGCAUGCGUCUUAUCGGCUUCGUUGUCGCCCAAGAUCUUCAACUUGCGAUUGACGAAUUGCGCAUGCAAUCUCAAGGAAUCACUUCCCAGUCGAUGGCACACUUUACCGACACGGUUCCUAUCCAGAAGCCUGGAGAACCCUCGAUUGCUCGUUUAUCUCAUAUUCUCGAUAUUGCCCCGGUGAAUGUGUCCGACGUCACCCCAAUGGCGCUAGUUCUAGAGAUCUUUCGAAAACUUGGAAUUCGCCACUGCAUGGUCCUCCGACAUGGAAAACUUCAAGGAAUCAUUACUCGAAAGGACAUUCUUUAUCAUAUAGCUCGACUGAACUCUUACUCCGGCCAGACAGAUUAA